UAGACUUCCUGGAUGAAUUAGUGUGAGGUUGCACAGUGUCUGCCCGCACCAUGUCUGCCACUGAAUGGAGGAAGAAAUGUGAGGCUGAGUGGAGUCUGCAGGGCGCACCGAUGCCCGACGGUCUGGACUGGAAGUCCAUCUAUGAAGCAAAGCCGCUCGGGAGAAAUUUACUGCGGAACCCUGCGCCUCACGGUCUGACCAAAGACACCCCUCCACCUGAACCUGAGCUGCCUGAAGUGCCAACAAACGGACCUCCACGUUUUCAACCUGAUGGUGACUUCACUGGCUGGACCACGAGCACGGAGAUCCUCCCCUAUGAUACAAGUGGCAUCCCAGAAGGUGCUGUGACCUGCGCAUUGGGUCAGUACAGCUGGUUCUCCAUGGAGCAGGUGUUGGACCUGAAGGCAGAGGGACUAUGGGAAAAGCUGCUGGAUGAAUUUCAGCCUGAAAUUGUCAUCCAAGACUGGUAUGAGGAGACUCAGUUGCAUGUGUCCAUCUACGAGCUCUAUGUGAAGUUACUGGGUGCGGACAAAAGCACAGUGAUCUCCGAGCACACUGUCACCCCCACUGAGGACCUCAGCACUUACUCACACACCUGGAAAGAGGUGUCGCACGUGUUCUCCAGCUAUGGACCUGGGGUGAGAUACGUCAGCUUCCUGCACCGCCUGAAGAAUAAGUUCAUGGGGGAGUUCUUCCCCACACUGUUCACCGGCAGCUCAGUGAUUGUCAAACCGAUCAAAACCAGCUCCUAGGCUGAAUGCUACUGAGAAUUUGCAUUGCAGGCAUAAUUGCUAACACACUCAAUCUAAUCUGAUCACCAGAUAUUAUAUAGAGUUGAUUAUAAUGCACUAAGGAAAAUUACAAAGUGUUCAAUCGUCAGUCUUUUUCUUUACUUUCUUAUGCUGAUUUUUAGGGGUCAUUUCAUGUUUUUUAAAUUUUGCAUUUGCUUUGAGGCCUUUUUUUAAAUAGAGGGGGGAAGGAAUCUAGGAUUGUUGCUCUUAAGAAAUUAUACACUGGUGUAUAAUAAAAAAUACAGUUUUCCUAAAGCAGAGUUGAUUAUUUCUUUUAAGCUGUGACAACUGUGUCUGAAAAACACUGGAACUGUACAUACAUACUAGCUACGCAAUCACAGAGUAUUUUUCAGUAUAUUUGAUCUAAUAUCAAUGGUGGGUUCUUGAAUCAACAGAAAUCAGGUCUCCCCAAUGAAGGAAUUCGACUUGUUUUGUAAAAUAAUGACAUUAUGAGGAGGUAGUUGUAGUGAAAUUCUCCUUUAUAAACCACAAAACUGGACUACAGUUGUACAGGUUCUUCAGUGGAUUACUUUGUCUAAUCAAAACUUUCAGAAACAUUUCGACAUUAUACUUCAACAUAUUUUCUCCUGUGCUAUCAUUCCGUGUGUCUCCAAAAGUAACCUUUAGAGUACAGACU